AUGGCGGAUGCUGUGGGCGCCAAAGUUCGCGCCCCCCUGGCCGAGACCACGAACCGCAUCAACUCGCCCUUUCCCGCCAGCGAGCAGCAGGCCAGCAAGCCUCGCUACGACCAGACGGAAGCCUCGCAGGCACAGGCGCCUCGUCAUGUCACCACCAGUUCCAAGGCUGCGGCCAUCAACGUCCAGCACGUUGCCAACAACGCGUCCGUGUCGGCUGUCCUGACACCACCUCAGCCUGUCGACGACAAACGACUUUCCCAAGCCUCUUAUGCCUCGACUUCCAGCAGCCGCAGCAAGAAGAACUACAAGACGCACAUUGGGCCGUGGCAGCUUGGACGUACCCUGGGCAAGGGCUCCUCAGCUCGCGUUCGACUCUGCCGUCAUAGCGUGACCAACCAGCUCGCGGCUGUGAAGAUUGUCAAUCGCCGCAUGGCCUACCUGGUCCAAGACAGCAGUCUGGCAGCCCUCAGCAAGUGGGACAGCAAUCUUCCCGACGAGAUCAAUGGCGAAAUGCGUGUUCCCAUGGCCAUCGAACGCGAGGUGGCUAUCCUUAAGCUUAUCGAACACCCCAAUAUCAUGAAGCUGUACGACAUUUGGGAGAACCGCUCCGAAAUAUACUUGAUUCUCGAGUACAUUGAUCAGGGCGAUCUCUUCACCUUCAUCAACUCCAAGGGGCGCUUGUCGGAGGAGGUGUCCAUCUACUUUUUCCGUCAAAUGAUCAGCGCCAUCACCUACUGCCACUCCUUCAACGUGUGCCAUCGCGACCUGAAGCCCGAGAAUAUCCUCAUCACGGCCGAUCUGCAGAUCAAGAUUGCCGACUUUGGCAUGGCUGCCCUCCACCAGACCGCCAACCACCAGCUCGCCACGGCGUGCGGAAGCCCUCACUAUGCCGCCCCAGAGUUGCUCAAGAACCGGCAGUACCGCGGCGACCGUGCAGACAUCUGGAGUCUCGGAGUUAUUCUGUACGCGAUGCUUUCCGCCACGCUUCCUUUCGACGACCCAGACCUGCGUGUCAUGAUGGCCAAGACCAAAAAAGGGCAUUACGAGAUGCCAAAGUGCCUCAGCCCCGAGGCCGAGGACCUCAUCAAACGUAUGCUCCAAAUCAACCCCGAUCGUCGCAUCUCUCUCAAGGAGAUCUGGCGCCACCCAGUAGUGCAGAAAUACAGCUAUCUUGACGACUUUGGCGACAACAGUGGACAGUUGCCGGACACACGCAAAGGGUUUCAGUACACGCCGGUGCCUUCUCAGGAGAUUGACCCCCAGCUGCUCCGGCAGCUGCGCUCCAUGUGGCACAUGUUCACCGAGCAAGACCUGGCAUUCAAGUUGGCGUGUGAAGAGCCUAAUGACCAGAAGGCCUUCUACUGGUUGCUUUACAACUAUCGGGAUAAGCAACUGGAGGACUUCAAGCCAGAACUCGCUCGCUCCAUGAGUGACUACCACCACCUGAAGCCUGCAAUCUGGAAGAAGCGAGUGUCCACAUGCCAGUUUGCGCAGCCUCGAGCCAAUGGAAAUGGCCGAUCUGUCUCUCGCUUCACAGUCAUAUCUAACGCUGCCGACACCGAAACGGACACGGACAAGAGCUAUGACCCCUACAGAGGCAGCCGCAUGCUUCAGCAUUGCGAUCCUGAGGCCAGCCACGCCAAGAUUGUCAUUCACCGUGACGCCCAGGGCACCCCGAACGCCUCGCAAGCGUCGUCGAGAGGCUCCUUGGCAUCUCUACGCAGCAGCAGACAGGGCAUGCCUCACGUUGCAGCACCGAGCCUGCGGCACAAGCGGGGUGUCGACUUCACCCAUAUACGAAAGCGGUCCUCAUCUGCAGGACCGGCUCUGAAGACAGCUUCUUCUACUGGUACCGGUCUCGACACAGAGAAUGGCUCGGUGCAUCGACUCGAGUCUGGCCGCCCAACCACGCCAGAGAUGCCAAAGCUGGUGAAUGGAGCGUAUCCCAGAGCUAAGGGGGGGCCCGUCACUCGCAUUGUCACAAAAGGCGGUGUCUCCAUGAUAUUCAACGAAGAGCUGCGCCAUUUCAGCAACAACUGUGCCAAGGAUUGCGACAAGGCGUUUAGGAGCUCCCUGAUCGAGGACGAUUCCGUGGGUGGAUCUUGGACUGACGGAGAGAGGAAGCGCCGCGAAUCGACGCCGUUUUCCUUGGCGCUCGACAGCCCUACCGUCACGACCCCUGCGACGGAAACGUCUGGCACCUCGUGGCAUACCCGGCCGUUGCCAAAGCUGCCUGCCGAAGACGUCUCCAAGAGGUGCUUGGCCACGGCAUCGUAUGAAUCCGACUAUGGACUGAACUCGUCCGACGAGCGUGACGACGACGCCGAGUUGCUCGACGAGGAGGCCACCAGGCUGGCGCUCCCUGUCUUGCUCCCGAGACAGGGUGAUCGCCGUGUUGCCUCUGCGCCGGCCUACAGCCAGGCGACUAGAAAGCUGUCGACAUUGCCGUCAAUCAACGAAAACGCAGGCAUCCAGCCUACCGCCAACAAUGACGGGGCACGGAUCGUCUCGGCACCUCCUCACAGCUCGGCGACGGGUGGACGCGAGAAGGACCGGAGCAUGGAAUACCUCAGCAAGGUCGAGAACUCGAUCCGGGUAGUCCACUCUCCUGGAGCGCAGAGCCCGGUCAAGGCACCCAAGCCGCUCAACAUUCGCAAGAAGGCCGUGACGGAGGAUUUCGGACGCAAGCUGCAGCGUCAACUCGCAUACCAUGCAGAUGAGCACGAUGAUGACGCGGCCGAGCCCUCGCCGCAGGAAGCGAAUGGCCCCGUCAAGAAGAAGAAGUCAUCCUGGUUCAAGCGCUCGUCAAGGGCCGAGUCGGAGUCGAACGAGAGUGAGCCGCCGAGCGCAACUUUGGCAACGACGCCAAAGCCAGCCCAGCUGGCGGAUGCGGACCCGACAGGCGAGGCGGCGAAGAAGAAGGCCUUUACUUUCCCAUUCUGGAAGAGCAACAAGCACCGAGACUCCAAGAUGACUAUUCCAGGACAAGACAACAGCGGCGAAGGCCGGCAGGCGACCAAGCCGUCGCGAGAGCUCAAAGGCCGGUCUGGCCUACCCGACUCGGGCUCGGGCAGCACUCGGAACAUUGCGGUUAAGCAGAAUUGGCUGACGCGACUGUUCCGGGUCAAGCCGGCGACGAGCUACAUUUGCAUGACGCUGUCGCGCAAGCGAGCGCGACAAGAGGUUGCGAUACUGUUGCGAGAAUGGCGGCGUUACGGCAUCCGUGGCAUUCAGGUCGACAAGCAGCGUAACAUUGUCUUUGCAAGGCUCGGUGCUAAGAACUAUUUGAACCUCAAAGAAGUGGAUUUUGCUGCCGAAGUGAUGACAGUAAUCGAGCAUGGGAAGAAGCAGCCGUUGAGCAUUGUGCGAUUCACGCAGGAACGCGGCGCGGCCAGUAGCUUCCACCGAGUUGUGGAAACGAUGCGGAUGAUGCUCGACAGCCGCCACCUGGUGGUUACGGAUAAAAACAAGCGGAAGAUGAUGAUUAAAACACUGAAUGCAUAA